CAGUCGUCUCGUCAGUACGGCCUUAACGGUUAGCCGGCCUACUUCCCUCGCGACACGCACACGCAGCGCGCGCAGGCAUCGCUCAGUCCGCGGGACGACAGUACGACAGUGCAGCCGAUCAGCGACGGAGACUCGCAGCCAGGCAGCCGCAGCGGGAGAGCGAGGGAGUCGCACACGUCGGCGGACGCGCGAAUCGAUCCGCGAGCGUCGAUCGGCGAGUCGUCUCGCGCCGCACCGCUGCCAGGAGCCAGGCUCCUCUCGCUCUCUCACUCUCUCACUCAAGCCCCCUCUGCGCCUCGGUAGGAUGCCGAGCUGAUCGGGGCGAGCGAGGCAAAGGAAGUGCGCCGGAGAAGAGAACGAGAGAACCCAGGGCGACGAUGAGAGGGAGUAAGGGAAUGUAGACGGCAGGCCGCAACGACGGAUCUGCUCGCUCGCGUAGCCAGAGGAAGUGGAAGAAGAAAAAGAAGAAGGCGGUGUCCGGCUGUUCCCUUGGUCCUCGCCCUUAGCCGCCGCCGCUGCCUCCUCGACUCGACUUCCUCUCCGCCGCCGCCACCGACGCACAGCACCGACUCCAAGAUCCCCCUCGACUGGAAAACUGCUGCUCGAGGAGGAUGCCGGGGCAGCAGCAGCAGCAGCAUCGCCAGCAUCGAGUCCAGGAGCGGCAGCGCGAGCACGAGCACCACUACCACUACCACCAGCACGGCCGGCCGGCCGAAAGAGCCGCGGGACGGCGGCACGCGCGGCUGAACUCGGCCAUGGCGCUGUCGCUGCUCCUGCUGGCGCUCGGCCUUGACCUCCGGGGCGCGCUCGGCUCGCCCUCGCACCGGGGCAGGCACCACGCGGCCUCGGACCUCGGGCUGCAGCAGGAGCAGCCGCGAUCGAUGGAGGCGCCGCUGGAGGAGCCGCUGCCGCGACCCGAGCACCUGGCCGCCCCCCAGGCGCAGACGCUGCCCCCGCCGCCGCAGCCCCAGCAGCAGCAGCAGCAGCAGCAGCCCGGGAGCGACGACCCCCUCGUCGUCCAGACGAAGAAGGGCCGCGUGAAGGGCGCGACCCUGACCGCCACCACCGGCAAGAAGGUCGACGCCUGGUUCGGCAUACCCUACGCCCAGAAGCCCCUCGGCCCCCUGAGGUUCCGGCACCCGCGACCGGCCGAGGCGUGGGAGGGCGUCCUGAACGCGACCAGCCCGCCCAACAGCUGCGUGCAGAUCCUGGACACGGUGUUCGGCGACUUCUCCGGCGCCAUGAUGUGGAACCCCAACACGCCCCUGAGCGAGGACUGCCUCUACGUGAACGUCGUCGCGCCCAAGCCUCGGCCUACUAACGCCGCUGUCAUGGUAUGGAUAUUCGGUGGCGGCUUCUACUCGGGCACGGCGACCCUCGACGUCUACGACCACCGGACGAUCGUCAGCGAGGAGAACAUAAUCCUGGUGUCGAUGCAGUACCGCGUGGCCAGCCUGGGCUUCCUCUACUUCGGCACCUCGGACGUGCCGGGCAACGCCGGCCUCUUCGACCAGAUGAUGGCGCUCCAGUGGGUGCGCGACAACAUCGCCGCCUUCGGCGGCAACCCCGACAACGUCACCCUCUUCGGCGAGAGCGCCGGCGCCGUCUCGGUCUCGAUGCUCCUGCUCUCGCCGCUCUCCAGGCACCUCUUCAACCAGGCGAUAAUGCAGUCCGGCUCGGCGACGGCGCCCUGGGCGAUAAUAACGCGCGAGGAGUCGAUAAUGCGCGGCCUGCGGCUGGCCGAGGCCGUCGGCUGCCCCCACGACAAGUCGGACCUGCGCGCCGUCAUCGACUGCCUCAUCAGCCAGGAGGCCGAGGUGCUGGUCAACAGCGAGUGGGGCACCCUCGGCAUCUGCGAGUUCCCCUUCGUGCCCGUCAUCGACGGGGCCUUCCUCGACGAGACGCCCCAGCGCUCGAUGCUCACCGAGUCCUUCAAGAAGGCCAACAUCCUCAUGGGCUCGAACACGGAGGAGGGCUUCUACUUCAUCAUCUACUACCUGACCGAGCUCUUCAGGAUCGACGGCACGGAGGACGUGAAGGUGCCGCGCGACGAGUUCGUGCGCGCCGUCAGCGAGCUGAACCCCUACGUCAACCCGAUCGGCCGCUACGCCAUCAUCUACGAGUACACGGACUGGCUGCGGCCCGACGACCCCGACGCCAACCGCAACGCCCUCGACAAGAUCGUCGGGGACUACCACUUCACCUGCAACGUCAACGAGUUCGCCAGCAGGUACGCCGAGACGGGCAACAAGGUCUACAUGUACUACUACACGCACAGGUCCGCCAACAACCCCUGGCCGAGGUGGACGGGCGUCAUGCACGCCGACGAGAUCAGCUACAUUUUCGGCGAGCCACUUGACCCCACCAAGGGCUACACGCAAGAGGAGAAGCACUUGUCCAAGAGGAUGAUGAGAUACUGGGCGAACUUUGCUAAAACUGGGGACCCGAACAUGGGCGACGACGGCUCGUCGUGGACGGAGGUCACCUGGCCGGUGCACACGGCCACGAAGAAGGAGUACCUCACGCUCGACACCAACACCACGGAGAUCGGCUACGGGCCCCGGGUGAGGCAGUGCGCCUUCUGGAAGAAGUACCUGCCCCAGCUGCUCGCCGCCACUUCCAAGCUGGACCAGUCGAAGGAGACCUGCAGCGGCGCGGCCGCACCGGCGCUGGACUCGCGGGGCGCUUGCCUGCUGCUCAUGUCCCUGGUGACGAUCGGACUGCGCGCCCUGUCGGGCGCCUCGCAGCUCUGGCCGCAGCCUCGCGGACCCGUCUAGCUCCCGGCCGAGGUGGGCGCCAGCCCGGCGCCGCCGCCUACCGCGCCAGCCUCCGACCAGCAGCAGCAGCAGCACUGACGACAUAUCAGCCAGCGGAUGCAGCAUCAUCGCUCGCGCACUCACACGCACGGCUAACGGCCAACGAGGAGGAGACGAAAGCCGGUGCCCUGCCGCGCACCGCUCAUCGAUACCCCCUCCUCUUGCCUCUUUCCUUCCUCCCGACGCAGAACCAAGUCGCUCGCGCGCUUUCUCCCCUUCCCUGUUCUCGCCUCGCCAGCUUGCUCCUCCACUUUGAUACCGUUAUAUCGAUUGUAAGUAUAUUGCACACGAUAACGCGCAGAGGAGAAGGACAACUGUAGAUUUAUUACAUCGGAACGUCGAGGGGGCGGAGGAUCGAGGGACACCGACUCUUUUCACUAUACAUAUAAUAACGCUCAGUAUUUUAGCAUAAUUUCUAAAUGAAACACAGUCAUAGGGCCAAGUUGAUGAUAAUUAUACGAAUGUUCUAGUUAUACCGAAAUAUUAUAGCCAUGUAGGGGAGAGUGUGCGUUAAUACAGUGACACCUUGUUCGUCGGCGACUGCCACUCGAAUGCAGGGCACACACACACACACACGCACGCACGCACGCACGCACGCGCGCACGCGCACGCACACGCACACGCACACGCUAACGAUAACGCAAACGGGGAAAACAAGGCAAGAAUUCGCGACGUGCUUUUCUACUGUAGAUAACACCUCGAGAUAUAGCUGCACUCCUGCGACGUCGCGGCGUACCUUAAGCGCUUCCUCCAGCUUGGAACGCGCAUAAGUAUAGUACGUUGUGACUUUAUGGCUCUUGGCUUGAUGAUGAAGAAUGAAGGUUUUGUCGUUUUUUUUUCGUUGUUAAUGCUGCGGCGAGCGAUAUUAUAUUACGUCGCGUCGCGGAGUUUCAUCGUAAUAACGAUAACAACAACACUGAUAACAUGAUAUUAAUAAUACUAAUAACAAUACUGAUAUAAUAAUAAUAAUAAUAAUAAUAAUAAUAAUAAUAAUAAUAAUAACCAACAAAUAAUAUUGAUAAUUAUAUAUGAUAACUCGAGCGCUUCCGAGUUUUUUCCAAAAGCGUGUCUUCCUUGGCGGAGCGAAGGGAGAAAAACGACAUUAAGUAAUAAAAAAAAACACGUACUACACAUCGACGCAUUCUCUUCAUUCGCGAUGGUCAAAGCCGCGGCGGUCUCCCCCAGCUCCCACCGAAUAAUCCGCCGUGCUCUGCAUCUCCUUUUGCGACAUUUCGUACAUCUGGCAGACGCCAGAUAUGAUGAUUAAACGGCAGCUCGCAAAACAAGCGGAGCAAUUAAAAAGGCAGAACGAGUGAACAAACGCGCACGCAAUUACGUCUCGCUUUCAAAGCACGUCGCUCCUUUAGCGCACACGCUCUCGGCGCUUCUCCUUGAGCCUCAAUCCCCCAAUUCCCGAGCGAGCAGCACACGUUUGCGUCGUGCGCCGCGUAAUAAAAGUCCUCUGGAUUAUAACAGGCGUCGCGUGAGCGCCAAUCGGUCGUGAUUUGCGGCGCUGCGCCAGCGCCUCGCGAUAAGACGGCGGCGCCCUCCUCAUCCCCGCUUAUCUGGCAUGGCCGGAUCGCACGCGACAACGAGCCAGUCCUUUUCGGCAGCCCUCAGCUCCUUAUUCACGAGGAAUGCUCCGCUGGAACCUACGCACGCCUACGCACGCGCAUCUUGAAUGGCUCUCUCUCUCUCUGUCUCUCUCUCUUUCUCUCUGCUUCUGAAGAAGUAAUCAAACGUCGAGGCUCGCGGAGCCGCGCGCCUGGCCAUCGUUAAAUAAUCGUUCUUGCUGCCUUAAACUCAACUAUGAAUAUAUGUAUAAAGAUGCUCCCAAGAUUUCACUAUGAAAGCCAAGAACCCGACGAUCACUACGAAAUCACGACCAUAAGAGUGAAUAAAUAUAAUUAUACUAUAUAGAUGAUCAAAUCAUUUUCAAGUUAUGAUAUAAGUACUUGUGACGAAAUGAGAAAAAAAAAAGACGAAUCACGCUCACGUCGAAAAACAAAACAACGGACGCAGACUCGUGACUUGACGAGGUUAAACAAAAUAAAUAAAAUAUUAUAUAAGGAUGUCUCUGCACCUUGCCGACUAUGUCAGCUCCCGCGCGUUUCUCCCUUUCUUCGAGUCUUUAUUCUUGCUUUUUGUAUUGUAGCCCGAGAGAGUUUGCGCAGGCACACACACACACACACACGCACACGCACACGCACACGCUCGCACGCGCGCUGUGAAGAACGGAUGCGAAGGGCCAGGCUGAAAGCCGAAGCAGUGCUGGACGUUUAACGCUAAUUGCUCUCAUAAACUGGAUGGAAACAGAGGGAAAGCGAGAAACCGAUCUGUUUCAACGACAACCACGAGCGAGGGUCGAUAAAAGUGGCUUCUCGAAACGAAAAGAAAAAAGAAAAUUAUUAAAAUGUUUCUGUUUCUCUGUAUGUCUCUGAUCCGCGGGCGUAUGAAUAGCGAGGAAAAAAUAAAUAAAUAAAUAAACAAACAAACAAACAAACAAACAAACAAACAAACAAAUAUAUGAGUAGAAUAUACCAGGACAAAGACAGAAAAGAAGCUCCAAGCAAAUGAUUAUUAUAUAUAUACAUAUAUAAAUAUAAGAGAAACUGGUAAAGAAAAAAUAGUUAUAUGAAUAUUAUAUUAUAUUAUAUAUGGAAUGAAGUAGACUGAAUCUACUUGACAUACUCUAUAUACAAGUAUAAGAUUAUGCGUGUGCGUUGUCUUGUCUCGAGACAUAUCUUUUAAAAUGGUGCAAAUGGAUUCAAAGUGUGGUCAAUUGGUCAUGCGCGAGUAUAUAGCUAGAAAAAAGAAGGAUGAAACCUUGAUUGUACAUGAGUUGAAAAGUCAUUUCGAUUUUCACUAGCGAUGCUUCUGUUUUUAUUAUAAAAAUAAUUAAAAAUGUGUUACUCAACAUCAACAUCA